AUGGUUAAAGUCGAUGAAGGUGAUCCAAAAUAUGGUCCACUUGAAGCUCCUUAUACAAAACUUUACUCUUUUGGCACAUCAAAUGGUAAAAAAAUAUUCAUCUUAUUAAGAUUAUUAGGUAAAGAAGAUUAUUUUUAUAGACCAAUGGAUAUGGAAGUUGAAAUGGAACAAAAACAAUCUUGGUUUAUAAAAUUAAAUCCAAAUGGUAGAUUUCCUGUAUUAAGUGAAGUUGAUUCAAAUGGUAAACAAAUUAUAUUACAUGAAACAGGUGUUAUUUCUCAAUGGAUUGCUGAUAAAUAUGAUGUUGAACGUAAAUAUUCCUAUAAUCAUGAUGAUCCACUCUGGUGGGAACAGUCACAAUGGUUAACAUUUCAAGUUGCCUCACAUUCACCAAUUCAAGGACAAACUCAUCAUUUCCAAUCAUUUAGUGACGUUGAUGAUGAGUAUGGUAAGAAAAGAUUUCAAGAUGAAUUGAAAAGAAUUUAUGACGUUUAUGAGAAAAGAUUAACCAUAAAUAAUGGUUGGUUAGUGGGAGAUCAUUUAAAUAUUGCAGAUAUAAAUGCUUUCCCUUGGGUUUCAAGAUGUGAAUUUGCAAAGAUUUCCCUUGAUGAAUUUCCAAUUUUGAAAAAAUGGCAUGAUAAAAUUGCAGCUAUUCCUGAAGUUCAAGAAGCAAUGUUGAUUUAA